AUGUCCGUCGACGCCCUGACCACCGACAUGGCUGCUGCCACCGUCAACGAAAUCGCCAACACCAACGGCACUACCCCCGCCGCUACUCAGUCUGCCGAUGCUGCGGCUGCUAGCGCCGAUGAGGGCCGUCGUCUGUACAUCGGAAACCUCGCCUAUGCGACCACCGAGGAGGAGCUUAAGGAGUUCUUCAAGAGCUACACCAUCGAGAGCACCUCGAUCCCGGUGAACCCCCGUACCAACCGCCCCGUUGGGUACGCCUUUGUGGAUCUCGCCACUGCUCAUGAGGCUUCCGCUGCCAUUGAGGGACUUUCCGGCAAGGAGAUUCUCUCGCGUAAGGUGUCCGUCCAGUUGGCCCGCAAGCCCGAGCCUGCGGAGGCCAAGGAAGGUGCUGCCAGCGGAGGCGAGGGUGCUAGCGGCAACGAGGGCCGCAAGCGCACUGGUGGCCGCGGUCGUGGCCGUGGUCGCGCUCGUGGCCGUGGCGGCCGUGUUGGACGCGGUCGUGGCGUACGUCAUUCUCCCCUUCAACCCCUACCAACAAACACUGACAACAACCUGAAGGCCCAGGAGGGUCAGGAAUCCACCGAGGCGACUGCCACCGAGGAGACUCCUCUGGUCGAGACCACUAAUGAGAACGAGGCUGCUGGAGACGAGGGCAAGCAACAGGGCAAGGCCCGUGCCGCCCGCCCCCAGAAGCAGCGUGGUCCCCCCGAGGAUGGCAUUCCUUCCAAGACCAAGGUCAUGGUCGCUAACCUCCCCUACGACCUGACCGAGGAUAAGCUCAAGGAGAUCUUUGCCGAUUACAACCCCGUCUCCGCCAAGGUUGCCCUGCGUCCCAUUCCCCGUUUCAUGAUCAAGAAGCUCCAGGCCCGCAACGAGCGCCGCAAGACUCGCGGUUUCGGUUUCGUUAACUUGGCCACCGAGGAGCUCCAAGCCAAGGCCGUCACCGAGAUGAACGGCAAGGAUAUUGAUGGCCGCACUAUUGCUGUCAAGGUCGCCAUUGACAGCCCCGGCAAGGAGGAUGAUGUCAACGCCGCUGCCGAUCAGUACGAGGAAACCACUGCUCCUGCUGAGGAGAACACCGCCCCCGCUGCCCCCACCGAGGCCUAA